AUGAGCUACGCAUUGAUGGGCAUGGAGGCUCUCUGCCUAGACCGCGUAGCUUGGAAACUCCUUCCACCCCUUGGAGAGUUAUACCUGAUUUGUCAAUCUGUAGAAGAGCGUGAAUCCGGAGAAGAGUAUUUGAAUUGCAUCACAGGCCCAUGCUUUCGUAACUUGAAAAGGCUAGAACUCAUUGGGUUGCCAGGAUUUAGAAGAUGGGUAGCAAAUGAAGUUUGCCCUUGGUACUUCUCACUUAUAGAGGUACUCAUUGUGAAGGGUUGCCCUGAACUAACUGAGUUACCGUUUUCAUCUUAUACUAGUUGCUACCCCUUGGAAACAGAUUCAUGUGUGACUUGGUUUCCUAGGCUAAAAGAGCUUAAAAUUGAUAAUUGCCCAAAACUGUUGUCACUGCCUCCUAUUCCCUAUAGUCAUGCUUUGUGCUCUGUUACACUGAGGCGUGCAGGAAGAGGUCUGAAGGAGUUAUCUUAUUCAAGCAAAUCAUACUCUUUGGGAAUAGAAGGAAGUGAUAUGCAUAGCCUAGAUGAGACGAUCUUGGCGUUCCAUAAUUUAACCCAACUACAAGAAUUGUUUAUCGAUAAUUGCCCACCUCUGGCUGAGGAACACCUUCAAAUGCUAACCGCAUUGAAGACCCUCAGAAUACAUGAUUCAAGCAAUAUUUUCCUGCCGAUAGCAAGAAGUGACGCCAGAUGGCAGCUUCCAGUUACCAGUUUAAAAUUAUGGAUGUGCAAUUUUAGUGGGAAGGAAGUGGCACGUCUACUCACUCAUCUCCCUGAGCUCUCUAGCUUGAGAAUAUGGGGUUGUGAGAAGAUAACACGGUUGGAUGUGCAGGCCGAGCAGCGACAAACGGCAGCAUCUCUGUCACUGCCAGCUUCUUCAGCUGCUAUUGAAUUGCAGGAUACACGUGGAACAGAUGAGCAACGAGAAAGUGUGCAAGAGGUGGAGGAAGAGGGAGUAGCAGAGGAGGUUGUUGUAGAACAAGCAGAAGACGAUGAUGGGCUGCUGCUCUUACCGGCCCAUCUAUCCGCCUCUCUACAGGAGUUAUGCUUCGACAGCUGUCCAAAGCUUAUCCUGACUGCCAAUAAUCACGAGACAGGAGGAGGAGGAGGUCUGCAAGCCAUGCGCUUCCUCAAGAGAAUAGAAAUACAAAGUUGCUUCCUGUCCGCGUACAAGGCCUCGGAUCUCUCUUCCUGUUGCCCUUUCCCAUCCUCCCUGCAACGCCUCUUACUUCGAGAUCCUAUGGAAGGCAUGGACACGCUAGUGCUCCUCUCCAACCUCACCUCUCUCGAGAACUUAAGCAUCAAGUAUUUGGGCGAGGAUAUAAGAUGUGAGGCCCUGUUGCGUCUCCUUACCCAGGGCCAGCUCACCGCAUUAUAUGUCCGCCACACCCCCAAAUUCUUUGCUGAUUGGGAUCCCGCACGGGAGCUGCAGGGCGAGCAGCUGCUUCCUUUCCCAAAACUGCAGGUACUCGAGACGGAUGACAUGGCAGGAGUCCUUACCGCGCCCAUCUGCCGCCUCCUCUCUUCCUCCCUCACCGAAUUAUCUUUUGAAUUCAACGAAGACGUGGAGUGCUUCACCAAGGAGCAAGAGGAGGCCCUUUCCCUCCUCAGGUCCCUUGAGGUCCUCCAAUUCCAGUGGUGCAACAAGCUGCGGUGCCUCCCAUCAGGGCUAAACAAGCUCACCAACCUCAACAGAUUAAAGAUCUUAGACUGUCCAGCCAUCAGGUCGCUGCCCAAAAAUGGCCUCCCCGGCUCGCUGCAAGAUGUCAGUUAUUUACCCAACGAAAAGCUAACACAGCAAUGCAGGCGAUUAAUGGGGACCAUCCCAUUAAUCAGACUAUAG